GGCAACGCCACCGCCUUGCUUGCAUUACACGAACGAUAGACUGUGUGUGACCUAUACAUAUAUGGGCGGAGGACAAUCGCUGCUGGCGGCGGCUGCCGACGCUGCGAAGAACAACUGCGUGGAACUGGACUGGUCCAACCGACGCACCGACGACAACCCGAAGCUUGUCACGAUCGUGCCGCCGUCUUUCGUGUCGCAUCUCCUCGGGUCGACCUUGACGGACUUGCGGCUUUCUGGGAAUGGGAUCGCGCAGCUUCCCGCGAGUUUUGGCCGCCUCGUCGCUCUAGAACGGUUGCAAGUAGACCACAACCAGCUCGUGGAAUUGCCGUUUUCAUUCAACAAGCUCGUCCGACUGCGUGAUUUCGACGCGAGUUGGAACCAAUUGGCAUCUUUGCAUCCAACGUUUAGCGAACUGACGUCGCUACAGCGCCUGUGGCUGCAUCACAACCGCCUGGAGACGCUACCGCCGGCGCUUGGCGACCUCCAAGCCCUCGAGCGUGUGUUCGUGCAACACAACGUCCUCUCCGCCCUGCCGUUUUCAAUCGUUCUGUUGCCUAGGUUGACGGAGCUGGACGCGAGCGACAACAAGAUCUGCAUGCUGCCGGAAGAAUGGCAGACGGCGCCAGCGGUCACGACGUUGCGACUGACGCGGAACUUGCUCAAGCAGCUGCCAAUUGGGUUGGGGGCAUUGCAGCAGCUGCACACAUUGUCGCUUCAGAGCAACAGACUGCUGGAGCUGCCUGCGAUAUGUGCGUCGCUCGUCAACCUGCGAAAUUUGAGCUUGACAAGUAACCGCAUCGACACGUUCCCCGCCGCCGCCUUGGACGGCAUGCGACGGCUGCGCGUGCUCACGUAUACCCAAAACAAGCUCAACGCGGUCGACGCGACGCUGUUCCACCUGACAAAGUUGGUGUACUUGGACUUGUCUGAAAACGGCCUCGUCCAGCUCCCAGACGACAACGACUCCGACUCUACAGCAUCCUCGUCGACAAAUGAUGCCAAUCACGGCACAUGGGCAUGCUUGGCCUGCCUGCAAGAGUUCCACGUGUCCAACAAUAGACUCUCGAGAUUGCCCCGGGGUUUGGAAGCGUUGCCAGCUUUGCACUUCCUCAACGUGUCCAACAAUGCUCUGGUCGAGAUUGGAGCGGCCAUAGGCCAAAUGCGUGGGAUGCACACGUUGUGGCUAGCAGGCAAUCAGCUGCAAGUUCUUCCGUCCGAGCUCAGCCAGUGCACACAACUUACCGCGUUACUUGUCGAUCGCAAUGAUUUGCAGUCGCUGCCACGGUCCAUCACGACCCUCCCAAACUUGCACACGUUGAGCGUGGACCGCAAAACUUUUGCGCUCUUGGACCCAGCCGUGCUCACGUUUUGCACGGCGCUGCCAACGUUCGACAUUCUCGGGCUUUAAAUUAUAAGUCAAAAUAUGUUUGGAUCUCAA